AUGAAGAAGAUGGUCUGUAUACUGGCGAUCUGGAGUGUCCAGGGCGUCCCCAGGGUAUCCCCAGGGAACCGCGUCCUCGGCUGGCCAGGCCAAGCCGCGGCAACUGGAGCAGGGAACGAAGACUAUGCCCGGCAGUUGUGUCCUGGUGUCCUGCACUGGAGAGUGUGGAUCUGUGCGUACAAGAUGUCAUCAAAACGGAAGAGUUCACCAGGAAAAAGCAGCAAAAAACAAAGGAAAGCUAUUGAUCUUGACAUGAAAGUGAAGAUAAUAAAUGACUAUGAAGCUGGUAAAAAAGUUAAUGCAAUAGCACAGGAUGUGAAUCUGGCACAUUCAACCAUUUCAACCAUCCUGAAGGACAAAGACAGAGUGAAGGAGGCAGUGAAAACAUCAACAGGUUUUAAAGCCAUAAUAACUAGGCAGCGGAAAGGCCUCAUCCAUGACAUGGAAAUUAUUAUCUGGUUUGAUGACCAAAUACAAAAAAGAAUGCCAAUGAGUCUUUCAAUCUUUCAAGCCAAGGCACUCAGUAUCUUCAAGACUUUGAAGGCACGUGAAGGUGAAGAGUCGACUGAAACUUUCACAGCAAGUCAUGGAUGGUUUCAGAGGUUUUGUCGCAGAUUUAACCUGCAUAAUCGGAGUGUCAGUGGUGAGGCGGCAAGUGCAGAUGUAGAAGCAGCAGAAAAAUUUCUUGACCAAUUUGAUAAAAUCAUAGAGAAAGGCGGCUACUGUCCAGAACAAAUCUUCAAUGUGGACGAAACCGGACUUUUUUGGAAGAAAAUGCCUGAAAGGUCCUACAUACACAAAGAAGCUAAAACAAUGCCUGGCUUCAAGGCUUUUAAGGACAGGGUCACAUUGUUGUUGGGAGGAAAUGUUACUGGGUUCAAGUUGAAGCCUUUACUCAUCUAUCGGUCUGAGAACCCACGUGCAUUGAAGAACGUUAGUAAGUACACAUUGCCUAUUUACUAUCGAGCAAACAACAAGGCAUGGAUGACGCAAGCUUUAUUUGAAGAUUGGUUCAAUAACUGCUUUACACCCUCGGUGAAGCAUUACUGUCUGGAAAAGGGCGUUCCCUUUAAAAUCAUCCUUCUGCUUGAUAAUGCUCAAGGCCACCCCCAGCAUCUUGAUUAUCUACACCCAGAUGUAAAGGUAGUGUAUCUGCCUAAAAACACAACUGCUAUCCUUCAGCCAAUGGACCACGGGGCUACAGCUACAUUCAAAGCAUACUAUUUGCGUACAACUUUUUCCAAAGCUGUAGCAACAACAGAAAACAAUGAAGUAACCCUUACAGAUUUCUGGAAAUCAUACAACAUUUUAGAGUGCAUUAAGAACAUUGCAUCAGCUUGGGAAGGAGUGACAGAAAAGUGUAUGCAAGGCAUAUGGAAAAAAUGCCUAAAACGUUUUGUGCAUACAUCACAAGCAUUUGACAAAGAUGAACAUGUCAAUCGUAUAAACGAAACAACUGUGGAACUUGCUAACAAGCUUAAUUUUGAGGUUGAACUGCAAGAUAUUAAAGAAUUAGUGGAAUAUACUGAGGGAGAGCUAAGUACAGAAGAUUUAAUAUAG